AUAAAAAGGCUGACAUGAACCCAACCCCGAGGCAAGGGCCCAAAAUAUUGUCUCAUGAUCGCGUGCAAUUCUUUUUUGUACCUCUUUCACAAACGCACCAGGGCGUUACCUUGACAAUUUCACUAUCGACACGAGAGAAAAGAUGACAUGACCACAAUAGACAAAGUAGCGUAAGAAUUAGAACAAUACUCAUGAGUAAGGUCGGCUGAUCUGUUACUUUAUUUCUUUUUGAUUUUCUCUUUUCUCUCGAUUCCGAUACAGGAUAUGCGGUGAACCGGAACUAGGACCACCCUAGCACUCUAGCUCUGCCAGAUAUCGAGAUGCUUCUUUCCGAAAAUAGCAGCGUCUCGUCUCGUGCUUGCCGCUGAGUUCGAAAAUGGUAAAAACAAUUGCAAGAGGCUGGUUUUCGCCGAUGAGGCCAACCUUGGAAUUCCAGGCUCUUCGGGCACAUCACACCAGGCAGGGCCUCCGCAUUUAGAGGAGCAAGACUCGGCGGCGUUUGGGAUGACAGACGCACAAUUCCAUCAAGAAGGGGGCAACAAGGAGAGCCGUGAUGGCAGCACCCAAAGACAGAGGGGCAGCCAUGUUCGCACCCGAGCCACUGUUGCCGUUGUUGCUGCCGGAUCCGGCGAAGCCAGUCUGAAUGGUGUUGGCGGCGGUAGAGGUGGACGACGUGGCGGCGACGGUGGCGGAGGAGUUGGCACCCUUGGGGCUGGCGGCACCGCAGGGGUUGUUGACCCUGCAGUUCUCAGAGCACUGAUUGUCGGAAAGACCGCAAGCGGCAACACAGUUGACCUGGAACUGUGUGCACUUGUGGUAGGGCAUGGUGAGAGAGUACUCGCUAAUCACCAAGUCAGUAUCCCAUAA